UGGCGCACAUAUCGGACAGGCAAAAUAAAACAAAAUCGCUCGCUACUGCAGUGAACUGACUGACACCAGUAGAAAACUAACGUGCGUGAACUUUUUGUUUUUAUUUAAAAUUUUCAGAUGAUUAUUUUCUUUAUAUAAGAAAUGGAUCAAACCCCAAAUAACGUCCCGGCAUCAAAUUGUACGCAAACGUCCAAUAGCAACUCCGCAGACGAUGACCGGCAUUCAAAUGCUAGUGCAGAGACGGCAAAUCCUCCUGUGUCCAGUUCAAAUCUAUCUCUAAACUACAGUGCUAGUGUUGCUAGUUCUAGUGCCAGGCAAUCCCCUAAAGUGUUACCUUCGCAAAUACUGUUGCCACUUAGAAACUCAAUUUCACCCUCUGUCCCACGCAAAAUUAUGGGCAAAAACCACAAUAAUACCGUGUUUCCCACUUCAUUUCCCAAUAAUCUGGCUGAACUACAGCUGUACAGAGUGAUGCAAAACGCUUCUCUGCUACUGUAUUACGACACAUUAUUGGAGAUGGGAGGUGAUGAUGUGCAGCAGCUUUGUGACGCUGGUGAAGAUGAAUUUUUGGAAAUUAUGUCCUUAGUGGGCAUGGCUUCCAAACCACUGCAUGUGCGGCGAUUGCAAAAAUCGUUGCAGGAAUGGGUUACCACUCCGAUCAAGUUCAAGAUUCCGCUGGUUCCAGGCGAGGACUUUGAGCUGGAACUGUCUAGUCCCAGAGUAACUAGUAAUCAUGUUUUUUAUACGGCAGACAGUGCAGAGAACAGCAGAACAAUGUACUCACCAUCGCCAGCUGAAACUUGUGCCUUACCUCCAGUAGUUAGUCCGGGAUUAAACAUAAAUAAUAAAAGGCCUUAUUCUCCUCUUGAUCCUGCGUGUCCUCCAUCGAGUAGUUCCAGUCCUGGCGGGAGUUCUUCAGUUGGUUCGCCCAACUUGAUGGACAGCCAGAUUGCGAAACUGGCAGCUGCAGCUGAAAGAUUGAGUAAACAGUUACCAAACUUGGAACCAAAGCCCCAAAAUGCCAAGAAAAAAGUUUGCAAAGAGCUGGAACUUGUGAUGUCAAUGCCUGAAAAUGAUCCCAGAAGAAUGGACGAGAUUCGACGGUACGCUGCAAUCUACGGCAGAUUUGAUUGUAAGCGAAAACCUGAAAAACCUCUCACAUUACAUGAGGUAUCAGUUAAUGAGGCGGCAGCACAAAUUUGUCGGUUUGUUCCAGCUUUGCUCACAAGAAGAGACGAGUUGUUUCCCUUAGCUCGACAAGUGGUUAAAGACUCUGGAUGCUAUUACUCAAAAACGCAGCUUUCAGCAGUAUAUCUUAAUAAGCAGACAUGCAAUAUGAGCAUGGGGCACGAGAGGGAUCAAUUGGAUAAUAAUUUGUCUAGUCGAAUACAGGGUAGAUUCCAAAUAGAUGCAGACAGUCAGCAACAUAAACGAAUUAAAAUUGAACCAACUUCCGACAACGAUGAACAACGUCAGGACUAUGAUGAGACUCUAGCUGUUCGACACUCGCUGCAUUCUCUAUUUCAAAAAAAUCACCAUCACGCUCUAAGAGAAGGCCAGCGGACAUCGUUAGGAAUCGAGUUAGAAGAAUCAGAUUCUCAAUUUACCUACAGUAAUUCAAGUUCACCCCAGUUUCAGGGGCAAGAUCAAGAAUCGAGUUCAACCGGUAGCAAAAAAAUUGACGAUUCUACGGAAAAUGAUGAUGAUUCGAGCAAGUUUUCGCCCACGGUUCAAGUUAUAGCUGCAAGUGGAGACAACAUCAUUGCUGUCGCUAACCCAGCCUUGGCAAUGUCCUCCGCCAUACUUCCCCAUUCUUUGCGAGAAUCAAGAGAAGAAGACAAAGAAUGAUAACACUGAUCUCAAAAACCGAUUAUCCCAAAAACCCUGCUUUUUGGAAAAUUACAUAGUGUGUUUCACAUAAAUAGACCAACUUUGUGUUAUUUUAGAAUCCUUUUCAUACGUCCAGUUUAUGGGGCAACACACUGUGUAUAUUGGUUUAUUUCAAUUAUUUAGCCCAGUGUCAUUAGACGCAAAUGUAAAAGUGCAGAUUCUUUAUUUGAACUUAACCGAAUCAGUUCAAAGCUAAAGGACCACUGCUGAUGUAGUUUUAGUUAAUUUGCCAUAUUUAAAUUUAGCUAGUUUUUUAUGUUUUCCAUUGUUUUCCUUUGUUAGCGUCCUACAAUCUUUAAAGCGGGUAUUAUGAAAUAUUUCCUCUCUUCGCAGAAUUCGUUAUGAAACUGCUCACUGUAAUUAAGGUUUGGAUAACUGCAAUUAAGGCAACUGAAACACCAAACUAAUUAAAGUCAUGGUAGGAUUGGCUAUUUCAAGUAAUUAUGUAUAUGUAAGGGACACAUUAAAGCCGACUUACUUCAACGAUUAGCUGUAACAGUUGUGUCGAAUACCAUAUGUGUAAAUAUAGGAAUUAUUUUUUCA